CUGCAAAACUCUAAGCUCCUCAACAUCAAGCCAAAGAAAAUCUUUCAAAAACAAAAACAAAAACAAAAACAAAAAUCUUUUACUCAAAGAAAAAAUGGGUGCUAACUACUCAGCUACUUUGCAUGAAGCUCAUAAUAUGCCAACCACACCACAAUUCAAGAGGUCUCAAGUCAUUGCUUUCCACUCUUCAACAAAAUGGAAGCUUCAUUUUGAUUCUUUGAAAGAUACAAACAAAUUGGUUGUUAUUGACUUCACAGCUACAUGGUGUGGUCCUUGCAAAUACAUGGAACCAGUUAUCAAUGACUUUGCUGCUAAAUAUACAGAUGUUGAGUUUGUCAAGAUUGAUGUUGAUGAAUUGGCUGACGUAGCUCAGGAAUAUGGGGUCCAAGCGAUGCCAACGUUCAUGCUGAUAAAGAAGGGGAAGGUAGUUGACAAGAUUGUUGGAGCAGAUAAAGAUGGACUAAAGAUGAAAAUUGAGAAACACAGAGUUAUGUUCAUCUAAGCAAAUCAAACCAAAGUGUGCAAUAGAUGUUUGAGCAGAGUUUGCUGGAAUGACCCUUCCCCUGUAGAAUAAAAAAUCAUAUCUGUAUCAAAUUUUGAUUGGAAGAAAUUAGCUUAUGUAACUCAUCUCCAGUUCUUGCUGUAAACUUCAGAUUAAAGAGGCUGAUUAAAGCACUAAUGUUUCACAUUUACUUGGUUUGAACAAGUGUAUUUCUGAGUUUUUUGUUC